ACCGGAUAUGAAGUUUCCCCCCACUCUGGUCUGCGUUGACACACCGGCCAUCCAGCAGAUCCCCACAGAGCAGCCUCGACAGCCGUAUUCAGAGAUCCCAGCUCUCCUAGUUCCUGUUUCCGCCGCAGCCUUUCCACUCAAUUUUCUGGAGCACAAAUCUCGGCUGCCGCCGCGUCAGACCUCAGUCUCCACAGCCCCGGUCGGAUGCCGCUGGUAGCCGGUGUAUCAUGUCAAGGAAACAACUCCAAUAAAAGACUCCUGUGUGGACUGGAAGGAAACAGCAAGGCGGUGUGGGACAGGCUGGUCAACACGGAGCUGGGUGGAGGGGAGGAGUCAUCAAACGGGACAUCGAAACACAGACAUCAGAGCAUGCUAGCCAUGCUUUAGCACACGCAGGAAAGGCUGGUUGAUCGCUGGAGAAACACCGGCUGCCUUUUCUUACACACCCCUGAGCCACAAACAUACGCAUCGCCCUCUCAUCUGUCAUUUUCUGUACACCAUCCCUGCAAAGAUGCCGAUGCCAAGGGUGGCGCUGUGGCACUUGUGGUGACAGGGCCCAGAGCGUGUGUGCACAUCCGGCAGGCAGGCCGGUGGGUCGGUGGGUGUACAGGCACACCAAGAGGCAUUUCUGGGUGGGCAAGGUUGCACCAUGCGGCCCUGGGCGGGUUCAUGGCGUUGGAUUACCCUGGUGCUGUUGGCCUGGGGCACGCUCCUUUUCUACAUCGGUGGCCACUUGGUGAGGGACAGUGAACACCCAGAGCGGUCCAGCAGGGAGCUCUCCAAGAUCCUGGCCAAGCUAGAGCGGCUCAAGCAGCAGAAUGAAGACCUGCGGCGCAUGGCCGAAUCGCUCAGGAUACCAGAGGGUCAGGCAGAAGCCGGCUCCCUCGCUGCAGGGAGACUGCGCUCCCUGGAGGACCAGCUAACCAGAGCCAAACAGAAGAUCCACAGCUUCCAGAAACUCACUGGAGAUGGCCCAGGGCCCACUCAGGAGGAGCUGCGGAGGACGGUGGAGAACGGUGUUAAGGAGUUCUGGUACUUUGUUCGCAGCGAGGUGAAGAAAUUGGCCAACGCCGAGCUCAGCGAGAGGCAGAAGUACGCCGACACGCUCCUGCAGGACCUGGGACACCAGGAGAGGUCCAUCAUGACAGACUUGUACUACCUCAGCCAGGCGGACGGAGUGGGCGAGUGGAGAAUAAAGGAAGCUAAAGACCUGUCGGAUCUGGUCCAGAACAGAAUCACCUACCUACAGAACCCCCCUGACUGCAGUAAGGCGAGAAAGCUGGUGUGUAACAUUAAUAAGGGCUGUGGUUAUGGCUGCCAGCUCCACCAUGUUGUCUACUGCUUCAUGAUCGCUUAUGGCACCCAACGCACGCUCAUCCUGGAGUCCCACAACUGGCGCUACGCCCCCGGCGGCUGGGAGACCGUCUUCCUGCCUGUCAGUAACACCUGCACCGACCGCUCUGGGGCCACCACUGGCCACUGGUCAGGAGAGGCCCACGAUAAGGACGUCCAGGUUGUGGAAUUGCCUAUUGUGGACAGUCUCCACCCUCGGCCCCCUUACCUGCCCCUGGCAAUCCCUGAGGACCUGGCCCCGCGCCUGCACCGUCUGCACGGCGACCCCUCCGUCUGGUGGGUUUCCCAGUUUGUCAAGUACCUGGUGCGCCCACAGAAUUGGCUAGAGAAGGAGAUCCAGCAGACCACCGCCAAGCUGGGCUUCAAACACCCCAUCAUCGGAGUCCAUGUGAGGAGGACAGAUAAAGUGGGGACGGAGGCGGCCUUCCAUCCCAUAGAGGAGUACAUGCUGCAUGUGGAGGAGCAGUUCCAAAAUCUGGCCAGACGUGUCCACAUCGACAAGAAACGAGUUUACUUGGCCACUGACGAUCCAUCCCUGCUGCAGGAAGCCAAGACCAAGUAUCCAGACUAUGAGUUCAUCAGUGAUAACUCCAUCUCGUGGUCGGCAGGCCUUCACAACCGCUACACUGAGAACUCGCUGAGAGGAGUCAUCCUGGACAUCCACUUCCUGUCUCAGACCGACUUCCUGGUCUGCACCUUCUCCUCACAGGUCUGCCGUGUGGCCUAUGAGAUUAUGCAGACUCUGCAUCCAGACGCUUCCUCUUUCUUCUAUUCCCUGGAUGAUAUCUACUACUUUGGAGGUCAAAACGCCCACAACCAGAUCGCCAUCUACCCCCACCAGCCGCGCAACAGCGAGGAUAUUCCCCUGGAGCCCGGAGACGUGAUAGGCGUAGCCGGAAACCACUGGGACGGAUACUCCAAAGGCAUCAACCGUAAACUGAGUCGCACUGGCCUUUACCCUUCCUACAAGGUGAAAGAGAAAAUUGAGACCGUGAAGUACCCGAUGUACCCCGAGGCAGACAAACUGCUCAAUUCUCAAAAGAAGUAGAAAAAGAAAUGAAAAAAAAUAAAAGAAGAGAAGGAGUGAGGAGAAACAUGCAGACUCCGAUUCUAAGGAAGGAGGCUGCUUUUGUACAGAAGAGAGAGGCGUACUUAGUGCGCAAAGCUGGGAAGAAAAGAAAAAGCCUGUACCCAGGGCUGAUAGGAAUGAGAAGGCACUCUGUGUGUUUAUGUGAGAGCGUGCGUGUGUGUGUGCGCGCGGACGUGUGUGUGUGUGUGUGUGUGUGCGUGCGCACACUUGUGUAAAUGCCUGUGCAUAUGUCAGGUCAUGGAAGACCUACACCCUACUACUACUCCCCCUGCUCGAUGCUCUGACGUCGGGUCUGUAGAGAUGUAGACGUGAACAAUGAUUUUAAAUAAAGCAAGAAAACAAUUCAAAUCUACACAACUGACCGAACUCGCUCUCUCGAGACAAGACUGGGACUACUGUAAGACUCGCACGCCCCAGAGUGAGCUUUGAAUCAAUGACUGAAAAAAAAAAAAAAGAUGACAAACUGGGACUUCGAUUUUUAUUUAAUUCUUUUCAGUGGUUUUGAUUCUAAUCUUGCCUUUCUUCUUUUUCUCCAGUUUUUUUGUUUUGUUUACUGAAUGUACUGUAUCCUCUUCUUGCCAUGCUCACCGCUGCCCCCACCACCACCACCACCACCCCACUCCUCCUGCUUCACUCCCUGUGCUUCCUCCAUCUCGUCUUUACACGUGCAAUUAAUUUUAAAAUACCA